AUGUUGUCAGAACAAAAUGGAACCUUCACCACCCCCGUCCCUGGCGGCGGCGGCUGCCCACCUGUCGGGAUUCAACUGGAGGGUGUGAUCCUGCCCCCUGUCCUCACCAUCGAUGUCAUACUGGGGCUGCUGGGUAAUGUAGUCGCCCUGUGGAUCUUCUGUUUCAAGCUGAAGACCUGGAACCCCAACAACCUGUUCCUCUUUAACCUGGUCAUCGCCGACUUCUUGGCUCUGGUCAGCCUCCCUCUGAGGAUCGAUGCCUUGCUCAGGGGUCACUGGGUGUUUGGAGACGGCUUGUGCAGAAUCAACCUCUUCCUCAUGUUUUCCAACCGCUCGGCCAGCAUCGCUCUGAUGACCGUGGUGGCGAUCUACCGCUACUUCAAGGUGGUCCACCCUCACCACCGGUUCAACCGGAUGAGCCAGCGUCAGGCGGCGCUGGUGUCGCUGCUGGUUUGGCUGCUGGUGAUCAGUCCUCGUGUUCCCAUGCUAGCUUACAGCCACAUCAAGGGCGGCGGCAACAGGACCCAGUGCUUCUUCUUCACGUCGUACAAAGAGGCAUCGCCCGCCAUCAUCAUCCUGGUCAGCACGCACCGGAUCCUGACGGUGCUGGAGUUCCUCAUCCCGCUCGCCAUGCUGAUCUUCUGCUCCGUCCGGAUCUCCAGCUUCCUGAAGCAGCGACAGAUGGGCAAACCCGACAAGGUGCGCAAGGCGAUGCGCGUGUGCGCCGCCAUUGUUUUAGUCUUCAUGGUUUGCUUCUUGCCCACCACGGUUACGACCAUCGGGGUCUGGGUGGUCCGCUCCUACCGCCCGUGGGACUGCGCCGCCUUCUACACCUUCACACAGCUCACCAUCGUGUCGUUGGGACUGAACUUCCUGAACUCGGCCCUGGACCCCAUCAUCUACAUCUUCUCCAGCUCCAUGUUCAGGAAGGCCCUCUGCAGCUUGCUGCCCCCCCGCUGCCCGUGCUGGGGUCCGGACGAGGACGCGGCGUCCUCUUCAGCAGGUCAGUCCACGAGUCAACAGGAGCUGAAGUCCAUCAGGAGCCGAGGGAGUGAAGCCAUGUGA